GCAGCCUCUGGUCUCUCUAGUCCUCGCUGUUUGUAUCGAUGAAGUUGUUUCAAAGAUGGCGGACUUCCUGCCGUCCCGCUCUCUUUUAUCUGUAUGUUUCCCGAACUGUCUCCUCACGAGUGGCGAGGCCGAGCAGCUGCGGAAGUCCAAAGAGAUAGAUAAGUGUAUUAAUCGAGAUAAGACGUAUGUUAAGCGACUAGUGAAGAUACUGUUACUCGGAGCAGGCGAGAGCGGCAAGUCCACUUUCCUCAAGCAGAUGCGCAUUAUCCAUGGGAAGGACUUCGAUCAGAAGGCCAAAGAGGAAUUCAGAGCCACGAUUUUUAGUAAUGUUAUUAAAGGGAUCCGAGUGUUGGUUGAUGCACGAGAAAAGCUGCACAUCCGAUGGGGCAAACCGUCCAACCAGCGGCACGGCGACACCAUGAUGGCGUUUGACACCCGGUCGGCGAUGGCUCGCGGUCACGGCAUGGUGGAGCCCAAAGUUUUCCACCAUUACCUGCCGUCCAUACGUGCCCUGUGGGCUGACCAGGGCAUUCAGAACGCCUACGACCGCCGCAGGGAGUUUCAGCUGGGGGAGUCAGUCAAGUAUUUCCUGGACGAUUUGGAGAGACUUGCACAGUCGGACUACCUCCCCAGCCAGCAGGACAUCCUCCUGGCCAGAAAACCCACUAAAGGCAUCCAUGAGUACGACUUUGAGAUCAAGAACGUGCCUUUCAAGAUGGUGGACGUGGGGGGUCAGCGUUCAGAGAGGCGUCGCUGGUUCGAGUGCUUUGACUCGGUCACUUCCAUCCUCUUCCUCGUCUCCUCCUCAGAAUAUGACCAGGUGCUGAUGGAGGACCGACAGACCAACCGGCUCAGCGAGUCCCUCAACAUUUUCGAGACCAUCGUCAACAACCGGGUUUUCAGCAACGUCUCCAUCAUCCUGUUCCUGAACAAGACGGACCUGCUGGAGGAGAAGGUGAAGCAGGUGUCCGUUAAAGACUACUUCCCCGAGUUCUCGGGCGACCCCACGAGCCUGGCCGACGUCCAGCGCUUCCUGGUGGAAUGUUUCCGUAAGAAGCGUCGCGAGCAGCAGCAGAAGCCGCUUUACCACCACUUCACCACCGCCAUCAACACGGAGAACAUACGGCUGGUGUUCCGCGACGUCAAGGACACCAUCCUCCACGACAACCUCAAGCAGCUCAUGCUGCAAUGAGCGGGACUGACCAGUAGGUGGAUGGAUGGAUGGAUGGAGUGGGGGCAGAGGGGGGUGCGGGUGUUGAGGUGCCUCCCCCUUGUUGGCUCCCUGCCACCAUCAGCCUGUAAACAGCAGGCGGUGUCACUUGUGAACUUUGACUGUGUAUUAAAGCCACCACUACUAUGCCCUGCCCCCCAAUGCUUACUCUGCCUUACUGAACUUGUUCACUGUGACUUAAAACAGCUGCCUUUGGCUCAGAGACCCCGCCCCCCCUAAAAAAAAACACUGUAUAUGACCUCUAAAUGACCCCUGUGUCCCUCACCCUACAGUAUGUCCUCACUGUCCUUGUUUCUUUGCUGCUCUCACCGAGAGGGGGGGGAGGGGCCUGGCGAGUGUUGCCAGGCUCCGCCUGCCUCCACAGGAACUCCUUCUGUUUUGACAUUGCCGUUUCCACCGGCGCUUGUUGAUGACAUCACAGGGCUGGGGUGUGGAUUUCCUCUGAGAGCAGUGGAACAGGAAAGAACGAAGCACACACACACACACACACACACACACACACACACACACAUACACACACAUACAUACAUACAUAGGAAGUCCUGUUGUGACCUUGAUUGUAGUUUUCUAAUCCCUUAUUGUCCUUCUCUUGUCUAUGAAUAUACUGUUUGUAUCUAUGCAUUUUCCUUUAACUUAUAUUUUAAAGGGGUUUACACUCUGUGGA